GCACGCCGCUUCCCGCCUCCUCGAGCGAGGCUCCGCUCGAGGCUCCGCCAGCGCGCGAGCGAUGGCGAGCGAUCGCGUCGACGACGACAACGCGCGCACGCAGCGGUGGUUCCAUGAGUGCCCGUUCAGCCACAAUUGCCCGCAGGAUAAGUGGGCCAAGCGCUCUCACAGGUGCCAGAGCUGGGACUCCGAGGCGGACGCGCGGGAUAAGCUGUUCAUGCACCUGCGCUGGAGCGACAAGCACAAGAGCGAUGUGGAUGGCAUGACGGACGAGGAGCUCAAGGAGUUCGCGCAGGCGGCCGAGGUCGAUUAUCGCACCAUCAGCAAGAAGGGCGACGAGCACAAGCGUUGGAUGAAAUGGGAGGCGGAGAAGCUGGAGAACAAGAGGCUGGCUGCAGCAGCCAUCGGCCGCAAGCAGUACGGCGACAAGGCCCGCCGCGCCGACGACGACAGGGGCCGCCGCGACGACGACAGGGACCGCGACAACAAGAGGGCUCGUCGUGGUCGUUCUGGCAGCGGCGUCGACACGGAGCAGAUCGCUGAGAUGGUGGCGCUCAAGCUCGCCGGCAGCGGUGCCAUCGUGGACAACGCCGCGAGGGUGACCAUGAGCCUCGGCGAGCUCAAGGCGUCCCAGGACGACGUCAAGCGGCGCAGCAGGGCGUCGAGCCAGAUGUUGCGCUUCCUGGAUGGCGCCAGGGUUGCGUUCUCGAACGAGCUGCAGACGUUCAACGACGCCGACGAGACUAUCCAGCAGCCCAUCGAUGCGCACUCGUCGGGGUUGGUCUUCGGCGGUCGCGGCUGA